AUAACCUAAGUGAUCUCCUAAUUAACAAGAGCCAGCUCCACCCAUAUAAAUAUAAUAGCAUUAUCAAUAGAUAGUACAACACAACAACUACUAAAUCAUUCUAUCUUCUUUGCUCUUAACUCAGUCCUCUAACAUAAUCUAAAAGUUCAUACUUAAGAGUUCUUAAUUUGCUCUAUCUUGAAUUAUAGAUAUAGCAAAAUGGGAAGCUUAGGCGACUUUCAAUUUCCUCUAAACAACGGUCUCUCCAACAUGGCCAACGGGGCAACCACUAACCCAUUGGACCCCGAGGAGUUUCGGCGCCAAGGCCACAUGGUGAUCGAUUUCAUAGCUGAUUACUACAAAAACAUUGAGAAGUACCCGGUUCUUAGCCAAGUUGAACCGGGUUACCUCAAAAAAAGAUUGCCUACAUCGGCACCUUUCUAUCCAGAAUCGAUUGAGACGAUUCUGGGUGAUGUCCAGGAACAUAUCGUUCCAGGCAUAACCCACUGGCAAAGCCCCAACUACUUCGCUUACUUCCCUUCUAGCGGUAGCAUUGCGGGCUUUCUCGGUGAAAUGUUGGCCACUGGCUUCAAUGUUGUCGGAUUCAACUGGAUGUCGUCUCCAGCAGCCACCGAGCUGGAGAGCAUAGUCAUGGACUGGCUGGGCCAGAUGCUCAGGCUUCCAAAAUCCUUUCUCUUCUCUGGAAAUGGAGGUGGUGUCCUACAAGGAACCACUUGUGAAGCCAUCUUGUGUACACUUGUAGCUGCACGAGAUCGAACCCUCAGAAUCAUUGGAAAUGAAAAUAUUGGAAAGCUAGUCGUUUAUUGUUCUGACCAAACACAUUGCGCUUUCAAGAAAGCGGCUCAGAUUGCUGGGAUUCACCCGGAUAAUUUUAAAGUCAUCCCCACAACUCUUUCAUCUUCAUUUUCGAUGUCUCCCAAGGCAUUGAGAAACACUAUAACUGCUGAUGUUGAGGCUGGACUCGUUCCCAUAUUUCUACUCGCAACUGUCGGGACAACCUCCACAACUGCUGUUGACCCACUCGGACCUCUAUGUGACGUGGCAAAAGAUUACGGAAUGUGGGUCCACGUGGACGCUGCUUACGCUGGGAGCAUUUGUAUAUGCCCAGAAUUCCGACACUUCAUAGACGGAGUAGAAGGAGCCAACUCAUUCAGUUUCAACGCACACAAAUGGUUCUUCACCACCUUAGACUGUUGUUGCCUUUGGGUGAAAGACCCCACAGCAUUGACACAAUCAUUGUCUACCGAUCCUGAGUAUCUGAAAAACAAAGCCACCGAGUCAAAACAAGUGGUUGACUAUAAAGACUGGCAACUCGCUCUAAGCAGACGAUUCCGUUCUCUCAAACUAUGGCUCGUACUCCGAAGCUACGGAGUCGAGAAACUACGUGGCUUUCUUCGUAGCCAUGUUAAGAUGGCCAAACUAUUCCAAGGUUUCGUGGAAGCCGACGAAAGAUUUGAAGUUGUCGUUCCUAGAAAUUUCGCCACUUUAUGUUUCAGAAUAUCACCAUCUGCAUUAACAACUAAUAACAAUGCUAUACUUUCUGAGAUUAAUGGCUCCAGAAGGAUUAGUGAUACUUCUCCCAAAAAAAUGGUAACAGAGAAUGAACUCAACAACAAGCUGAUGGACUCCAUUAACCGUUCGGGUCGGGUUUACAUGACCCAUUCGGUUGUUGGUGGAAUUUUUCUUCUGCGUUUCGCGGUUGGUGCGAGUCUUACUGAGGAAUCCCAUGUCAUUGAAGCUUGGAACGUGGUCAAACAACAAGCAGAUAUUAUACUAAAUUCAUACCAUUCCGAGUUUUGACCCAGUUAUUACUAAUGAGUUUCUUAUACGUAUCAUUUUUUUUUUCUUUGUAUGAGAUGUAUCUUUUUUAUGUACAAUCUUUUCAAUGUGUUUUUUAAUUCUUUUUCUUUAUCAAUGAAAAUAAUGUUCAUUUUUUUU